AAAUAAGUCAACUGAUCUGUUUAAGGUGAGAAUGCUUCCUGGUUGCUACAGGUACGCCGCAUGACCUGCUGGUGUGUCUUAUGUGUCUGGCAUUAUGACAGGAAGAACAAAGGCAGAGAGAGAGAGAGAGCAGGUGGAGAGCGACAAAGGGAAAGCCUGUUACUGUGAACUAUGCUGCUACCUUCCUCACAGACUCUCCCCAAAAAAUCAUUAGAAGAACCCUCCAAAGCAUUCCAUGUACCUGGACUCAGCCACACAUUCUGGGCCUGAGAAAGACACUUCUUUGCUUGUGAAUUUCUGUUGCUGAAAACUCUACACAAGACAGCAGCAGACAGUGACUUGUAUUAUACUAUGAUGAAAGCCAUGGCAAAAGAUCAACAUGAAAAGGAAAAAGCCUUGAAGAUUUAUGGCCAAGAACUGAGCAUGAAAGUGCUUCUAAACUGUUAGAGAAAUAAUGACGAGGACUCCAUACAGCUGUCACGUUACAAUCCAUGUAGAGGAUAUUUUUGUUACAACUUCAAGGUUGUCCUAGGAAAUAGACAAGCCAGCCAUUAUUCCUAAAUAGUUUGUUGAUAAGGAUUGGGCAAAACAUUUUUUUUUGAAGAUGGCAACCUCUCAGCUCAAGUGCCUUGAGGACGAAUUGGAAUUUGUGGACAUUACUGAGGCAAGUCCCCAAUUUUAUUACUCUGAAAAGCAAAGGACUGCCUUAGAAACACUUUUAUCCUCUGGAGAAAAUGACUUUCAAAGCUACCUAAAAAAUGAAGAAAUGCGGAAUUUUCUUUCCAGAGAGGAAGCCAUUUCUAUAGCAAGUUCUGCAGUGGAUUCACAGCUGGGAAAAAUAGAGUGUGAUGACGACUCAGAGCUGGAUGAUGAUCUAAGUAUCAGUUACUGGCCUGGAACAACUGAUGUCCCGACACCCAUGCUGGAUCUGGGGUGGCCAGAAGGAGAUACCUGGAAAGGGAUUACACGGGCAGAGGUCUACACUCACCCGCCUUCAAAUAAUGCUCCACACAUUAAGGUGGUUAUCAGAAGAACCAUACAAAGCGCUACAAAGGUUAUCGCAAUAGUCAUGGACAUUUUCACUGAUCCAGAUAUUUUCCUGGACUUGCAUGAAGCAGCCACGCGAAGAAUGGUUCCCGUGUACAUAAUUCUGAGUUCUCAUCAUCUGUCCGCUUUCCUUCAUAUGGUGGAAACCACAGGAGUUAAUGUCCGAUUCACAGAGAACAUGCGAGUAAGGAUUCUAACGGGAUGUACCUUUAGUACAAGACAACUGAAACAAGUAACAGGAAAGCUAAAAGAGAAAUUUCUCCUAAUUGAUGGUAACUCUGUAAUCACAGGAUCCUAUAGUUUCACAUGGAGUGAUUCGCGCCUGGACAGGAAUCUCAUCACACAUCUAACAGGUGAAAUUACGGACUUGUUUGACAAUGAAUUUCGAACACUGUUUGCAGCUUCCCGUCCCCUGCAGAGAUAUGAUUUUGCCAAAGACUCUAACAAAGAGAUUCGCAAUAAACUUUCAAUACCCUCUGCAACAAUAUUGGUGUCUAAAGAGCCAGAAAAUGUCAGUUCCAAUGCCCAGGUUGUACCCGUUGUGCCAGAGCCUUACACAAAUGGAUUUUCCUCUCCACAGAGGUUCAGCACCAAUGGAGCACUGCAGCCAACUGAUGGCCUCCUAUCGCCUUAUAUGAUUCCAGCAGGACCCACACAGUUGACUAAAAGUGUUAAUAACAUAGCAGAACGCAGGACAGUAAUGCCUGGAACAGGAAAGCCCCCCAUAGAUAGUGGAUAUAACAGAAAAUCAUUGGCAUUACAGGACCCUUCAGGUACCAAAGAUCCAGUGAGUGUCCCUGAUUACUCAAUUCGCCAUCGACUUUCAGUCUGUCGCAACUUUGAAGGGCCUACUUUAACCUUUCGAAACGCACAAGAGUCUCACAGUGCCUUAAGUGACAUUUUAAAGAAUGUACAGCGGAAUAGACUGUCAGUUGCAAAGACAACAGGGGGAAGACCCAGCAAGUCCCUUUGGGAUCUCAGUCAGCUGUCCCAGCUGUCGGGUUGCAGUGGUGAUCCAGGAAUCAGACAGAACCCACUGGAUCUUGGAGAAGAUUCAAAGGGCAAACGGUGGACAACAAAGGAUACUCCAGCCAUGUUACUAAUGAGGCAAAGAGCUUUUCCUGCUGAAGAGCACAGAAACAGAGAGUCUUCCAAUGUUACACCUUUUCAGAGUCCAACAACUGCGACACCUAUAAGACUACAAGGACAGUUGGUCCAUGGAGUGUCAAUGACUUCUUUGCCUAGACCAUGGACUAAUACAGCAAGACAUGGAAGACUACAAUACUAUUGACCCACAUUCAUACCAAGUGGACAUCUCCCUCCCCCUCUGGUAUCACUAUAAUGUAUUGGUUUAACAAAAAUGCAGAUUGCAACUCGCCUUUAAUAUUGUUCCCUAUACUUUAACUGAGACCAUUAUGCAUAUAUACAACUGGUAAGUUAAAUGGGUGACUGGUGAACUUGGUGCAAUGCACAAUUGAGAACAGUUCUGGUGGAGAAAAGUUGAUAUUCUUCUUGCAUUCCAAGUUGAAAGGACACGCUUAGCUGACAAAAAAAACCCCUUGUGAAUGCUGGAAAUGCCAUAGUAACCCUGGAUAACCGGGGAUUUUUACUGAUUUAAGAGACUAUACAAAAUAUUUUCUUGCUCUAGUUAUAAUAUACUUUGAUAAUGUACUGCAGGAACAAUGUGAAUGUGUCUUAAAACACCAAAGGUAGCUCCAGGGGCGGACUGACAACUCAUGGGGUCCCUGGGCAAUAGGAGAUUAUGGGGUCCCUGGGCAAUAGGAGAUUAUG